AUAGGUGACUGACUGACCUGUGAUUUGCUGCUUUCUCACUAAACAAACAAAAACAAAAACAACUCUAUAUAUUCUCAUGUACAUAAAACCAACCCAACUUCUUUCUCAUUCUCACGUUACUCUCAUUUCUCUACUAUGUGAAAUCAUCAUAUAAAUUUCUUCAAGCAGCGACCUGAAAUUGGAAUCCUAUUGAACUCAAAAAAUCCAUAUUCUCCAUGGCUCUGUUUCGCUUCUCUCUGUUUCUUUUGACUCGCUUUGCUUUGUUUACCACCCUCUGUUUCGCAGGAGACCCUUCAGUUUCCUAUGAAUUUAGACUUUCUUACAUCACUGCUUCUCCUCUUGGUGUUCCUCAGCAGGUUAUAGCGGUUAACGGAAAGUUUCCCGGUCCUGUUAUUAAUGCUACAACUAACUACAUUGUCAUUGUUAAUGUAUGGAAUGACUUGGAUGAAAAUCUCCUAAUGACAUGGCCUGGAAUCCAAUUGCGGCAUAAUGCAUGGCAGGAUGGUGUUCGUGGCACAAAUUGUCCACUACCUCCCAAAAUGAAUUUUACUUAUAGUUUUCAAACCAAGGAUCAGAUUGGAAGCUUUUUUUACUUUCCAUCCCUCAAUCUUCAAAGAGCAUCUGGUGGUUUUGGUCCCUUUAUCGUUAAUAAUCGAGAAAUUGUCCCAAUUCCAUUUCCGCAGCCGGAUGGGGAUAUUAUCCUUAUGAUUGGUGAUUGGUACACACAAAAUCAUACGGCACUGAGAACUGCCCUUGACUCUGGAGAUGACCUUGGCAUGCCAGAUGGAGUUCUAAUAAAUGGGAAGGGACCUUACAGAUACAACACCACACUUGUAACUGAUGGUAUUGAGUAUGAAACUAUUCAAGUUGAUCCAGGCAAAACUUAUAGACUGCGACUGCACAAUGUUGGGACUUCAACUAGUUUGAACUUUAGAAUCCAGGGUCACAACCUACUUCUAGUCGAAACAGAGGGAUAUUAUACAUCCCAACAAAAUUAUUCUAGCUUUGACAUUCAUGUUGGUCAGUCCUAUUCUUUUUUGGUUACCAUGGAUCAGAAUGCAACUUCUGAUUAUUACAUUGUGGCAAGUGCUCGUUUUGUGAAUGAAUCACUUUGGCAAAGAGUCACAGGCGUUGCAGUCUUGCAUUAUUCCAAUUCUAAAGGACCAGUAUCAGGUCCUCUUCCAGAGGCACCAAAUGAUAUUUAUUACCCGUGGGCAGCAAUGAAUCAGCCAAGAUCCAUCAAGCAAAAUACAACUGCAAGUGGAGCUCGCCCUAAUCCACAGGGAUCUUUUCACUAUGGUCAAAUCAAUAUCACUGGGACAUAUGUGUUAAGGAGCUUACCACCAGUCACCAUUGGAGGAAAGCAACGCGCCACAGUGAAUGGCAUAUCAUUUGUCAAUCCUGAUACACCAAUCAGGCUUGCUGACUUGCACAAUGUGACGGGAGCUUACAAGCUUGAUUUUCCCAAUAAGCCACUUAAUAGGCCUCCCCGGAUGGACAUAUCUGUCAUUAAUGCCACGUAUAAGAGUUUUAUCCAGGUCAUAUUGCAGAACAACGACACCAAGAUGCUGAGCUUUCACAUGGAUGGUUAUUCAUUUUUUGUGGUUGCGAUGGACUGGGGGAUUUGGACUGAGGAUAAAAAUAGUUCAUAUAAUAACUGGGAUGCUAUUUUUCGCUGUACAGUAGAGGUUUACCCUGGGGGAUGGACAGCAGUCCUUGUGUCUCUGGACAAUGUUGGAGUAUGGAAUCUUAGAGUGGAAAACCUUGAUAGGUGGUAUCUUGGCCAUGAAACUUAUAUGAGAAUCAUCAAUCCUGAGGAAAACGGUGAAACAGAGAUGGGUCCGCCUGCUAAUGUUAGAUAUUGUGGCGCCCUUCAAGGCUUGCAGAAGUAUCUUCUGAAGACCGUUCUUACUUUACACUCUGUUGUUUGUGACAUAGCUAAUACUGCUCUCUUUUGCUUCAGGGAUCCAAUUCAGUUAUCUGCUGCAUUCAUUCUGGCUAGCAAAUCACUGGUGUUUAGCUCCCUGCUGAUAGCACUCUGUUCGUCGUUCUUGAUUUUCGGGUAAACUUUUCUGCUGGUUGGAUACAAGUAAUUUGGUUUAGAUACUGUUUGCUUGUAUUGGGUAGUUCUAGGUAUAACGUUAACAGCUGAACUUACAUGGUUGGAUCAGAUUUGAAACUCUCUCUUCCCCUGUACAAAAUUUUCUGGGUAUUAAGACAUUCAAUUUUCUUUCUUUUUCCUUUUUCAGUCUCUGGGGGUGCUCUGCCCGUUUAAUUGUAAUUUAGGUCAAACUACAUAUUGAUUAUUGAAUGAUGAUGAACCAUUUGUUUUGGUAGC